AUGGAUCAAGUUGCUCAUGAUGAGAAUGCAUUGUUUUAUGACAGUCAACAGGAUACAGUUUCUUCUCUUUUUCAUUCGAGAAUGGUGAAUGGUGCUACGGAGAGUGAGAAGGGUCGACAAGUAUCUGUACACGAUGAGACUCUAAUCGAUGAAACGGGUGUACUUCAUACUACUGCUCAUGAUGGUAGUAUUCAACAUGCUAGACGAAGACCUCAACCAUUGAAUAUCAGUAAAACUAGAAGGUCAAGCGAUGGUCAUUCAACCGUCUCGACAUCAAACGACAAGCUUACUACUGGUACAACAGCAGCACAUUCUGUAGCCAACAUGGGACUUGCAUUGUAUGAGAAUGCAGUUCAUGCACUCACGACUACUUCUUUUACUGGACUAGAUGAAGAGUUGAUGUCUUCGCCAAGGAUUCUUCGAGAGCGACGUAUUAUGGAAUAUAACGUUUCUGAACCAGAUAAAAGUAUCAAUGAUUCCAUCUCACCAGUAUCAAACUCGAAGCAUAUAAACGAGAGCAAGUAUCGAUUAUCUCCGCCAUCUCUUAUACCGGUCAUGAUGCAACCAUCAUGUGUUGCAAAGGAUGAGCUAUUGGCUUCAGAUUUGAUGAAUCGGCACGAUAUGAUGGCUGAUCAUGACAAUGACACACCCCAUCGUGAUGCAUCUCAAGACACUCUACUUUCACCACCUUGCUUGUCUUCACCUCACUUGAUUGAUCAUAACCGAGUGCAUGCAUCAUGGACCGACUAUGAUGUAUACGCUGCCAAUCCAACCACAAAUUGCAUCAAUCAAUACUGUGUUCAUGCCCGACAUAUGCCAUCAUGGUAUAAUGAUAACGCAUUUAUAUACUUGGGAUAUAGAAGAAUUACCAAUUCUUAUGCAGGAUGCCUCAAGAGUUUAUUCUACUUGCAUAACGAAACAGGCAAUGUGUACACGCACCUGAUUGGAGUCGUGUUGUUUUUUGUAGUGGUUGUCAUUGGAAUUGUGAAUGGGAUCAACGUAUCGUCAUGGAAUCAAAUCACAGAGAAUGACCUUCACAAGUCGGAUGGUUUGGAACCCAACGUAUUGAUACCCCACACGGUGGAUCUUCUUUUAGGAACGUCGCGUCCAUCACAGCAAUGGCUUUGGAAAGAUGCCAUGGUGUUUGGUGUUUUUUAUGCUGGUGCCAUCACAUCGUUUCCUUUACUUCAUGCUGCAAGUAUGCAUGGCGCUCGUACUCUCUAUCAUACUGUCUCGUUUGAUUAUAUCAUUACCAUGGGUGGAAUGUAUCUUUUGGGUGCCUUUAUUUAUGCUUAUAGAAUUCCUGAAAGAUGGUUUAAAAAUAUGUUUGAUAUUUGGGGUCAUUCUCAUCAAAUUUGGCAUUGCUUGGUACUCGGUGCUGCUUGGAUCCAUUAUUGCGCUGUGGUGAGAAUGUUCGAGUGGAGAUCUCUUCAUGAUCCAUCCUGUGCUCAUGUGUCAUUGUAA